UACCGAAAACCGCCCGUGACCGGAAAACUAACACGAGCGCCCGUGAUCUGCGUGUCAAGGACGAGACGGGCGGGUGUGAAGGCUGAACUACUUCUGAUCACCGACGUCAGUUAAUGUUACACUGAAAUUAUACUGUACUUUCGACUGGAGUUGACUUGGCUUCUUCGUCUCGCUUCUCCUGGUCUGUUGGCUGUAACGCACUUUGAAAUCAAUAUGACGGCAAUAAAAAUCAGGGUCGGGGCUGUUCCACAUGGGAAGUCCACUCCUCUUUUUCUAGACGUAUUUUGCCGCAGUCUCAUUAUCCUGUGUACAUCUCUGUCGGUCGUCCUCUCGUCUGUUGCGGUGUGUGACGGUCACUGGCUGCUGGCUGGCAGACACAUGUUCGGUCUGUGGUAUUUCUGCUCAGUGGAGCAGCAGCAGAGCUCUGAGUUGGGGUCACAGAGCUUCAAAGCCUCCUCUAACUGCACCAGACAUCUGGAUGAGGCAGGGGUGGACGGUCUGGGUGUGGGCCUGGCGGCGUGUCGCUCUGUGAUCACGCUGGCUGUGGUCAGUGCCAUAUUCGGACUGGAGUUGCUUGUGAUGUCGCAGGCGAGCGAAGGGAGAGACUCCAGUCGGCGCUGGACUCUCGGGGCGCGGCUGGUGCUGCUGGCGGGGCUAAUGGCUGCGGGAGGGGUCGCAACGUUUGUACUUCUCUUAGGGACAUUUGCAACACUGCUUGGGUUCACACUCACCUUCUGGUGCCAGUUCACGGCCACCUUCCUGUUCUUCCUCAAUGGAAUGGCAGCACGGCACAUCCAGCAUAUUGAACCUCUGCUGCCCUUUAGAGGACAUCCUGACAAACUGUAGAAAUAAACAAGCUGCUGAUGGUUCAUCUUGAGCACCUCUGCUCUGUAUCUGCAUUCUUUUGGAUCAAAACUGAGUGAUUUUGAUGGUUUGUCAAUAAUUAGGUGCACUUUUUUAAAUGGACCGUAAAAAUAGGGCCCAAUGUAGCGUGGUAAUAUAAAGGAAUUUUCCGUAUUAAUAAUGUACAGGUGUUUUUCAUGUAUUUUUAAUGGCGCAUUGCAUUCUAUUGAGUUUUAGGGUUAAAGGGAAACUUAACGGAAAAUGUCCUGGCAGAAAAUUACCUUUGCUGUUUUUCUACAGUUUUUUUUUUUUGGUCACACUUUAGAUUAGGGUCCAAUUCUCAAUAUUAACUAACUAUUAAUUAUGACUUUUGCCUCAAACUCCUAAUUGGGUCAAUGAUGUGACGGGUCAUUUUUUUGUUCAAAGGCCUUAAUAAAAUAAAAAAUAAAAAAAACAAAGAUAUGACAUCCAAAGUAUGUAAGGUAGUACAACUAGAUCUCUUUUAUUGAAUCCAAAAGGUUUUAAUUAUAUUUGCUACAUAUAAAGGUUUUAGAUUAAAGAUUUUGUCAAAAGGUCAUUCGGUUUAACCGUCCAAAGGCCAAUACAGCCAUUUCAUUUGUGAUUAAAAUAUCUUAAAAUAUAAUAAAUGUAUAUAUUUUUUAUUCUGGCAUAAUUUUAUAACAUCAUAUAUCAACAUAGUGCAAAAUGGUAUUAAAAUUAUGUGUAGAAGUCGUUGCUUUGUUAUGAGAAAGAAUGUCCGGAAAAAUGAAUUUCAUUGAUGUCAUUCGGAGUAACCAAUAUAAAGGGACCAUUUUGGAUCAAGUCAUGUGGUCAAUAUCAUGUGACAGGAUGUGACAUCAUUCAGACGCCUGCAAAGGACCACAUGGUCAUGAAGCAAAGUAACUAACUCUCUCUUAACUAUUUGAAAAAUUAAUGUUUUCACUUGUUCAUACGCAUGUCAUGAAAUAUCAGGUCACGGAAAAUGUUGAAAUAUUUUAAAAAACUUUUACUAAAUAUAAAAUGUCCUUUUAGUAGAUAUCAGCCUCUUAGCAUUGUUUGAAAAUAUCGUCAAUAUCGUAAAACCAAUUUUGGUUAAACCGAAUGACUUUUUUGCUGACAAAUUUUGUCCAUCUUGUAAAAAAUGACAAAAGCAGUGAUAAUUGAUUAUAAAAACCACAUAAUCUCAUUGUCAACACAAAACUUCAAAAUUAAUUAUACCUCCAUUAUGUUUUAUUUUUUUUUUACACUUUUAAAAACCUUUUUUGUCAAUGACCCAAUCCCUGCUUAAUAGUUAGUAAGGUAGUUGUUAAGUUUAGGUAUUGAUAGGAUUAAGGGAUGUAGAAUAUGGUCAUGCAGAAUAAGACAUUAAUAUGUGCUUUAUAAGUAUUAAUAAACAGCCAAUAUCCUAGUAAUAUGCAGAAAAUAAGCAAGUAGUUCACAGUGAGAAUUAGACCCUAAACUAAAAUGUUACUUUUUUUUUUUUCCACAGGCCUUAAUGUUUUUAAUAGUCUGUUUGGUUGUUUUAUUUAUUUUAAUCUUAAAUAGUUCUUUCACAGCAGAAUGUUUCAGUAUAUCAUUAUUUUUUGUCAUUGAUUAUUAUUUCCAUUUACUGCAAUUAAUAUUAUUACUAAUGACCAGCAGUUGACAACUGACUCCAAUUUUCAUCUGUGAAUAAAUGAUGACUCUUUACAGGUAGUCUUUAUAGUAUAUUUAAUGAAAUAUUUUUUACAGUAUUUUUUAAUUCUUUCUUAUUCUUAUUUACAGUAAACAUCUCAUUCAUGAGGAGAUCUCUCUGCAUUUCAUUUAAUAAAAAGAACGUUCUUGUCAUUA